UCUCAGCUUCGGAUUCGAGUCUCGGAAGCGAGGAACCUCCCGGCUCUCGACUGGGGCGGCACUUCAGACCCGUACGUGAUCGCCAGGUUCGAGGGUCAGACAAAGAAGACUUCAACCAUCUUCAAGACUCUGCACCCUCGCUGGAACGAAAUCCUUGUCUUCCCGACAAGCUCGAGUACCAUGGACACGUCGUUGGGCAUCGAAUGCUUCGAUCAUGACUUCGGAUCUAAAGACGACUCGUGCGGACGAGUGGAUAUCGACCUCCUGGGCUUCAGUGUAGGAGAAACAGUUUGCAAGUGGUAUCCUUUGAAGGACUAC